CCUAGAGUUCAGAGGCGAGAUUUUUUCCUCCGUAGCUUCUGCGGGAACUGGUUCGCUGUUGUCACUUUUAGGGUUUUCGGCUCCGUCUACAUGGGCGACAACUGGGAGCGAGCGCAGCAAACAUGUAUGCUUGCGAAGCCACUGAGGAAUCAGCAAUGCGCUCUAAGAAACACUCGUGGUGACGAAUGCGAAGGGUUCAGCGACCGUAGUCAAAUUCCUUGCGCAAGCAAAAUUGGCGAAGCCCUGAAAUCCAGCUCUCGAAAUCGCUACAGAUUCGAGAAAAAGAGAUCAGCUCAGAAUGAAGGCGAUAAUCAUUGAGGGUGGCGGAGGCCCGGAGGUAUUGAAGCUCAAAGAAGUGGACGAUCCUAUAGCGGGAGAAGGAGAGGUGUUGAUCAAGGUCGCUGCAGCGGCUCUCAACCGAGCAGAUGUCAUGCAGCGGUCGGGGCACUAUCCUCCUCCUCCGGGCGCUUCGUUGAUUCCUGGGCUCGAAUGCUCGGGUACUAUCGAAGCCGUCGGUCAUGGCGUUACGCAAUGGAAAGUCGGAGACGAGGUCUGCGCUCUGCUUGGAGGGGGAGGCUACGCCGAGAAGAUCAAUGUACCAGCAGUUCAAGUGUUUCCGGUGCCCAAGGGAAUUUCAUUGCAGCACGCCGCAGCCAUACCCGAAGUUGCGUGCACGGUGUGGUCAACAAUCUUUAUGACGUGCCACCUGAAGAAGGGUGAAACUCUUCUGAUUCACGGCGGCGGUAGUGGCAUUGGAACGUUUGCCAUUCAGAUCGCAAAGGCGAAAGGUGUCAAGGUGUUCGUCACGGGCGGAAGCGAGGAAAAGCUGAAGAAAUCUCGUGAGCUCGGGGCUGACAUCGGCAUCAACUACAAGACCGAGGAUUUUAUGGAACGCUGCAAAGCUGAAACGGAUGGGAAAGGUGUGGACGUUAUCUUGGACAUUAUGGGAGCGUCUUAUCUACCGAGGAACAUCAAAGCUCUUGCAAUGGACGGUCGCCUGUUCCACAUUGCCACUCAAGGAGGCGAAGUAGGCGAAAUCGAUCUCAACGCCGUCAUCUACCGACGUCUCACCGUGGCAGGGGCGGGAUUGCGAGGGAGAUCGACGGAGAAGAAGGGGGAAAUUGUGCAGGACGUUUUGAAGAACGUUUGGCCGGAGAUUGAAUCCGGCAAGGUGAAGGUCGUGAUUUAUAAUGCUCUGCCCUUGGCGGAAGCAUCCAAAGCUCACGAAAUCCUCGAAUCCGGUUCCCAUUUCGGCAAAGUUUUGCUACUCGUUGGAAAUGCGUAAAGUUCUCUUCGAAUCCUUGUUGGCGCUCAGAGUACCGAUGUUGUAAAUACCCAUGUUUGCUAUACAAAUGAAAUCGCAUCGCCGUGGCCCUGCUCGCGAUGAAGCUUUCAAUCUACGGAGCUACCAGUGCCGACGACACUGGCCUAUGUCAACGGAACCCGAAUUCGUCACCGACGGACGGACGACACUAGACUUGCUGUGAAGCUCACACAGUCAGUUGUUUAAUCAGUAUACGGCCUCAAAAUAAAAUAACUCGGCGAAUGGACUUAAGUGCGGGAUUUGUGGGACAAGCACAAUAUGAUCCGUUUUUUUAACAGGCCACAUAUUGUAUUUUAUCAUCUGUAAUAAAAAUAAAUAAAUGGAAUCUCAUAUGUUGAAGUUUUA